CCCUAUGACCCCACACUUUCCUCUCACCUCUCCAUGUUUCUAUCCCCUCUCCCUCUUUUUAAAUCCAUUUCUAACAAACACAUUCUGUUUGUUCUUAAUCUUCACUCAUCUCUCAAUCUGCUCUUAGAUGGAAGAAUACUAUUAUAUGAGGAAUCAUGUACCAGCAUUUGGGAGCUGGGAUUGGAAUGAUGAUCAUAGUAACUUCCCAUACACAAAGUGUUUUGAUUCUGCGAGGCAACCUGGUUCACUACGCCAUAGUUACUCUGAGUCUGAGGAUCGUGAUCUUUAUGUAACAGGGGAUUUCUACAACAACCAUGUUGUCUCACCCACCAGAAUCCUUGUUCCUCGCAAAAGGGCAAAAAUGCGAGACCAGCAUGAAAAAGAAACGAAAAAGAAGAAUUUGGUGAAUAAUAUUCAAUUUGAACAAAGCCUAACUCCACUACCAACCUCAAAACCAAUUGAUGAUGAUAAUGAUUUAUAUAACAUUUCGCCACACCUUCGUUAUGCCAAAGUUAAAAAGAGGAGACGAUUAUGUUUCUUUUCUAGUUGCUUUUUACCAUCUUGCAUUGCUUGAAACUAGAAGAAAUUGAAGAAGUGGUCAAAAGGCCAAAAAUGUAAAGAUAGGUUUAAAUAUAGGAAUGCAUACUUCAAUUGGAUCAAGUAUUGCCGAUGAGAUUUUGAGUGGCAUGUGCAAAUUAUUAAUGAAAUGUCUUUUUAUUAUAGGGUUGUUUCUAGGAUUACAAACUCAUUUUUUGGAAUAGAUUUUUUUAAGAACAUAGAAUAAUUUUAAUCACAAAUAA